GCAAACCGCUGCCCGCAUUUGCCAAGAAGGAGCUCAACCCGGGUCUGAAUCGUAACAACUUCACAAUCACACUGAAGGGUCCAUGAUUGCGUGCCACCAGAUUGAACCAUUGCUUUGGUCUCAGGAGCCGGCUAGCAGAUCAUCAAGUGCGUUGAAAACAGGACGUCGCCAUUGUCAUUAUGAUCAAAGACGGGCCCCAAUCACAAUUCUGGCUGCCUUUUUGGGGGCAAUACUGGACGAUCAGACGCCGAGGCGGGCCUUGAGGUGGUGCAAGUUCCAAGCGUUUUCCCCUCACAGCGAUCGGCAGACGAUCAUCAAUAUUCUCGCAUCCGUUUGGACGCCUCGAAGAAGUCACGUUUCCAAUAAGCCAACGAUGACCUAUAUUGUGGGACGUAUGUCGUCUGCACGACGAGUCCACGAUAAACCCCGCCGUCUGGGCAUUUGGCAAGCGCCCGUUGCAAGCGAGGGGCCGCCACGGCUGCUUUCACCUGCCUUCCACAGGACGGACGAGGCCAUGUUCUACAUCUGGAUCAAUCGGCAAUCCAUGCGAGACAAAAUAUGGACUUUGUCGGCUGCUGCGGAACCUCUGGCGUUUGGAUGGGGCGUCAAGGUCUCGAGCUCCAGUCGAAACAGCUUCGACCUGCCUGUUUCUCACAAGAUGGCCAUCUCGUUUCCGGUCUCUUAUCAGCUGUUGCGGGUAAAGCUAGGUAUGAGAUCCCACGUGUCUGAAGCCGAGGAAUGGGCGACUGGCAUCUAGAACAGACUUGGCUUGAAGAGUAAGGGAUAAGGAUGGAAGGGACAAGAGAUGUGGAAUUGUGCAGUCGACGGAGAUGGGAAAGCUGAAGAUGGUGUUCACCGGAUGCAGACUGUAUUCGAGGCGUUUCCAUGCCGGUUUGUCUCCAAUAGCGCUACCAAAAGUCUAGGAGGAACAUUCGUCGUCGGGUACCCCGCAAGUCAAAUUAGUCGCGUAUCAGUGUUUUGAUCCAAGGCCGUUGAGUUCGU